AUGCGGCCCGGCGCGCUGUUUAUCGCUACGCUUCUGGCGAGAGUGACAGCGCUGGACAACACUACCAGUCGCAUUGUCGCUAAAUUGGCAUCCUACGGAGUUGAUGCCUACGAGUAUUUCAACUCCAGCGUGCUGCUGGACUCGUCAUUGAGCACGCGGUCGUUGGGAUUUUGCUCCGAGCUGUGUUCCGCGCUUCCCCGGCUCUAUCCUGGCCACGUGUUGCAACGCUCGACUACGGCUUACUCGACUUGGGAUGCCAGCUUCUGGUCGCAGCAACAGGAGGAUGUCGAUCCAGCCUGCGUUUUCCAGCCAGCCAGUGCAGUGGAAGUCGCUGUCAGCCUGCUGCUGUCAGAGCUGACGCUGUGUCCGUUUGCUGUUAAGAGUGGCGGCCAUGCCGCUUUUGCAGGCGCCUCCAACAUCCAGGAUGGCUUGACGAUAGAUCUGGUCGGGCUGAACUCUACGGCUUUGUCCAGAAAUUCCACUAUUGCGUCUGUCGGUGCGGGUAACCGCUGGUUGGAUGUCUAUGAUUGGCUAGAUCCCAUGGGCUUAUCGGUCAUUGGUGGUCGUGUGUCCGACAUUGGCGUGGGCGGCCUGACGCUGGGAGGAGGUAUCUCCUUCUUCUCCGGUUUUCACGGCUGGGCCUGUGACAAUGUUGCCAAUUACGAGGUUGUUCUGGCCGACGGUAGCAUCGUUGAUGUUAACCCAGACACUUACCCUGACCUUUACUGGGCCCUGCGUGGUGGUGGCAAUAACUUCGGCAUCGUUACCCGCUUCGACCUGACAACGCACACUCAGGGCCUCAUGUGGGGAGGCUCACGCGUUUGGCUGGAAGAGUAUCAAUCCGACAUCCUACAUGCGCUGGUUGACUUUGGAUUCAAUUCGCCGUCGGACCCCAACGGGGCACUGAUUGUGUCAGUGGCUUACGCUGAGGGUCUCUACCUGCUGGUCGCAGACUUGGAGUACGCACAGCCGGUGACCAAUCCCCCUAUCUUCGAGAACUUCAGCAGCUCGGGAGUUCUCGAGGACACCAUGGCCAUCCGUAGUCUGUCCAACAUUACCCUUCUGUUCAAGGAAUCCAAUCCCAACGGACUGCGCGAGAGCUAUUGGACAGGCACCGUCCAGCUUGACUAUGAGCUGGCGACCAACAUCACCAACAUGUUCAAGCAGGAACUUGUUCCUAUUCAGAACGUGACCGGCCUUGUCCCCGCUCUCGUUUGGCAAGUGAUCAGCACUAACACCAUGGAGCACAUGGCCAAGAAUGGGGGUAACGCGCUAGGACUCGAUCCGGAAGACGGGCCCUUGCUGCUGAUCAACCUUGCUUUCAUGUGGGACAAUGAGGCUGAUGACGCUGCAGUCAUGGCUGUCCUGGGCAGAGUUACCCAAAAGGCGCUCUCAGCAGCACAGGCUCGUGGUCUGGGUAGUCGCUAUCUGUACAUGAACUACGCGAGUCAGUACCAGUCUGUUGUGCCCUCUUACGGCACGGCAAACCAGGCUCGCUUGCAGGCGAUCUCGAAGAAGUACGAUCCUUUGCAGGUGUUCCAGAAUCUGCAACCGGGUUAUUUCAAGCUUGAUGGGGCACCAGCUUUGUAG